AUGCUCUUUAUUGACAAAGCUACUCUCGGGCAGGCAGUCUUCCUGGGUAUCCUGGAUGACCUUCAUAUCAGUGAUGGAAAUUAUAACAACCUCAACACGUUAUUCUACACCGGGUACAUUAUCGGCCAAUUGCCGGCACAGCGCCUAAUCCAGCGACUGCCGAUGAGUAACUACGUCUCGGUGACAAUCUUCAUCUGGGCAGUGCUUAUAUUCGCUCAUUGCGGCGCAACGAGCUACGGCAGCCUGAUCCUGCUCCGCCUGCUACUGGGCUUGGUCGAGUCCGGCAUGGUGCCUGCACUCGAAAUGACAAUGGGCAUGUUCUUCGUCCCCCACGAACUACACGCACUGCAGCCUCUUUUCUGGAUCUCCUGCGUCGGCGCCCCGAUCCCCUCGGGCCUCCUCAGCUACGCGCUCCUAUGGAGCAAGGCCAGCGUCGCGCCCUGGAAACUGUUCAUGAUCACCACAGGCGGUCUGACCCUCUUACUCGCCGUCUUCUCCUGGUUCUGGUACCCGGACAACCCAGCCAAAGCGCGCUUCUUGACACCGAAAGAGCGACUGCAGGUCAUCACGCGGGUCCGCAACGCGACCCGCGGCUCAAUCGAGCAGAAAACAUUCAAAAAGUACCAAUUCUACGAGGCGCUGCGCGACCCGAUCUCCUGGCUCUUCGCCCUCGCCGCCUUCGCCCUCAUGUUAGCAAACAACCUCUCCUUCCAACAGAGCCUGAUCCUGCUCUCCCUGGGCGUCGGAAACCUCGGCUCAACGCUCGUCACCGUCGCCGGCGGCGGCUUUGCAGUCGCCUGCGCGGUCGUCGCCUCGCUCCUCAUGCGCCUCUUCCCGGGCUACAGCGCCUGGUGGGCGACGCUCUGGGUGCUCCCCGCAAUUGCGGGCAGCAUCGGAAUGGUCGCGCUCGACUGGGACCGGACGAUCCCGCUCCUCGCGUGCCUGCUGAUCGCAGGCAACACGUUCGCUAACACGUACAUCACCUCGCUGGUGUGGACCUCGUCCAGCGCCACAGGGUACACGAAGAAACUCACCCGCAACGCCAUGUUCAUGAUUAGCUACGGGGUGUCGAAUAUCAUCUCGCCGCAGAUGUGGAAGAGCGGCGGGCCGCGGUACUACGGGACGUGGAUUGCGCAGAUUGUGGUGAGUUUUUGUGUCACGCCGUUUGCGCUGCAUGUUGCGGUGCUGGGGAAUUUUGGGGAUGGGGUUGUGGAUAGUCUCGAUGCAGAUGGGAAUGUCGUGCAGAAGAAGGUGGAUAUCUCUGUGCUUGAUCUCACGGAUUUGGAGAAUAAGUUUUUUAUUUACCCGCUGUAG